UCUGUUGUCAUUGACAGUAAAAGCAGAAGUUCACCAGUCCAACAUAGACUCCGAGAACAACAAGGUUAACUUCUGUUAUUAGCAAGUGUCAGAUUUAAAAAAUGCUUUUCGGCGAAAGAUUGUGUGUCAAGUUUGGACUCUAAAUUUGAGGACAUGUUUCUGCAUGGUGAAGAUCCCAUUCUCGAUUGUCCAUCCGAUUCUGAUUGGGAGCCCCCACUGCCAAGGAGCUGGUAGCUGCUUCUGAGAUGGAACAGAUGCCAGCAGACAGCGCCAAACUCCCCAGCACCUCUUCUGGAAUGUUGACCCGGUCUGGAGAGAAGCAUCACCAUCUUGAGAGGCAGAGCGAGGUGACUAGUGCACUGGUCAUCAAGAGUUCUCCAGUUGAAUUUACACCUGAAAUUCAUGAUCAGGACAACAGGGGAGAAUACCGUUUCCAGUGCCCCAGUGCAGGUCUGUUCCAGUGCAGUAUAACAGGCCUGGUGUUCAGGAUGGAGGGAGAGGCAGAGGUGCUCUAUAUGACAGUCCACUGGGACAGGAUGCUUCUAUCCCAGAGAGGCAAGAGACCUGCAGGACCCCUGUUCAAGUUUACAUGCCUUAAGGGGUCUGUCAGUCAACUACACUUCCCACACUGUGAGAUUCAUUCUGAGGGUGGAUGUGACUUCCUGUCUGUAGCCCAUGUGACUGAUGAUGACAGUAUGGAGUUUCUCCAUCACCAUGAGACAAGAGAAACUCAUGUCAUAUUAAACAUCACUCAAUUCAGCAAAUAUGGCAUCACCAAGGAUAAGGAAGCUCCUGUCUCUCCUAUCCGUGCUCUGGUGCUACUAUUUUACAAAAUCCCCGAUGAUAACAAUAAUUCCAUCCUAAGUGUCUUGUUGCUGCCCAGAAAUGUUGACAUUGAUGAGGUGUGUAAGACAAGGAGGACAAGGAAUGGAGACCGAGAAAUCUACAUUGAAAUAAAUCCUAACUGUAGACUAACCCGGGACCAAGAAUACACCCUCUCCACCGAUCUAAAAGAUGAACAUCACAUAGAUCCAAAGAAAGCAGAGUUUGUGGAUUAUGAUUCCUAUACAAACUACAUGCCAACAUUUCAGUUGCGUUUAAAAACUGUUGUUGAAGAAGUGAAUCUUCUUCUGAAAGAACAUGGCGGUCCUGAAAAUGAAAGUAUAUGGGACCGCCUUGUUUCACUACCAGUUACACCUCCAGAUGGUGCUAAAGCAGCAUCCAAACUGCAUGAACCUGCUGCUCCCCUUAUGGACAUUUCAACCCACCCCCCUCAACAGGCGUCCACUCUGCCCCCCACCUCAAAGAAGCUGGUAGACUCUACUGAGAGGGAACAGAAGCCAGCAGGGGCAAAGAGGGCCAAACUCCCCAGCACCUCUUCUGGAAUGUUGACCCGGUCUGGAGAGAAGCGUCGCAAUAUGGAAAUGAAGGGGUCUAAGGUAGUGAACAGGAGAUCAUCCAUGUUUGCGGUUCGAGACCUGCUGCUGACCAGUCUGCAGGAGCUCACUGAAGAACAGCUGAAGAUAUUUCAGUCUCACCAGACUAGUGGCAGGAUAUGUGGCUUUCCUCCCAUCCCAGAGAGUCAGCUUGAGAACACUGACAGACAGGUCACAGUGGAUCAGAUGGUGAAGAGAUACGACCCUGAGGGAGCUGUGGAGAUCACACUGAGGAUCCUGAGGGAGAUGAAUCAGCAUGAUCUCGCUAAGAAGUUACAAAGAGAUCACAGAGGAAAGAAACGGAAAAAAAGUGAGUCACCACUGACCUCAUCUACUCUCAGUACUUUGUUGAAUCACAAUUGGCAGCAAUUACAGCCUUGAGUCUUCUUUGGUAUGACUCUAUGAGCGUGGCACAACUGUACUUGGGGAGUUUCUCCCAUUCUUCUCUGCAGAUUGUCUCAAGCUUUGCCAGGUUGGAUGGGGAGUGUCACUGCACAAUUAUUUUCAGAUCUCUUCAGAGAUGUUUGAUUGUGUUCAAGUCUGGGCUCUGGCUGGGCUACUCAAGGGCAUUCAGAGACUUGUCCGGAAGCCACUCCUGCAUUGUCAAAUAAAAUUGUAUUGGUCACAUACACAUGGUUAGCAGAUGUUAUUGGUCACAUACACAUGGUUAGCAGAUGUUAUUGGUCACAUACACAUGGUUAGCAGAUGUUAUUGGUCACAUACACAUGGUUAGCAGAUGUUAUUGGUCACAUACACAUGGUUAGCAGAUGUUAUUGGUCACAUACACAUGGUUAGCAGAUGUUAUUGGUCACAUACACAUGGUUAGCAGAUGUUAUUGCGAGUGUAGCGAAAUGCUUGUGCUUCUAGUUCCGAAUGCAGCAAUAUCUAACAAGUAAUCUAUCAAUACCACAACAACUACCUAAUAAACACAAAUCUAAGUAAAUGAAUGGACUAAGAAUACAUGUAAAUAUAUGGAUGAGCAAUGACAGAGCUGCAUAGGCAAGGUGCAAUAGAUGGUAUAAAAUACAAUAAUAUACAUAUGGGAUGAGUAAUGCAAGAUAUGUAAACAUUAUUAAAGUGACUAGUGAUCAAUUUAUUAAAGUGGCCAAUGAUUUCAAGUCUGUAUCUAGGCAUAAUCCUCUCUGUGUUAGUGAUGGCUGUUUAAUAACAGUCUGAUGGCCUUGAGAAAGAAGCUAUAUUUCAGUCUCUUGGUCCCCGCUUUGAUGUACCAGUACUUCUGUACCUUCUGGAUGGUAGCGUGGUGAACAGGUCUUGAUGAUCUUUUUGGCCUUCCUGUGGUAUCAGGUGCUGUCGGUGUCCUGGAGGUAGUUUGCCACCGGUGAUAUGUUGUGCAGACCGCACCACCCUCUGGAGAGUCCUGCGGUUGUGGGCGGUGCAGUCGCCAUACCAGGCGGUGAUACAGCCCAACAGGAUGCUCUCAAUUGUGCAUCUAUAAAAGUUUGAGGGUUUAGGUUGAAAAGCCACAUUGUCUGUGGGUGGACCAUUUCAGUUUGUCCCAUGAUGUGCACGUCGAGGAGCUUAAAACUUUCCACUUUCUCCAUUGCAGUCCCAUCGAUGUGGAUAGGGGGGUGCUCCCUCUGCUGUUUCCUGAAGUCCACGAUAAUCUCAGUUUUGUUGACGUUGAGUGAGCGGUUGUUUUCCUGACACCACACUCCGAGUGCCCUCACCUCCUCCCUAUAGGCUGUCUCGACGUUGUUGGUAAUCAAGCCUAUUACUGUUGUGUCAUCAAACUUGAUGAUUGAGUUGGCUGCGUGCAUGGCCACGCAGUCAUGGGUGAACCGGGAGUACAGGAGAGGGCUGAGCAUGCACCCUUGUGGGGCCUCAGUGUUGAGAAUCAGCGAAGUGGAGAUGUUGUUUGCUACCUUCACCACCUGGGGGCGGCCCGUCAGGAAGUCCAGGACUCAAUUACACAGGGCGGGGUUGAGACCCAGGGCCUCAAGCUUAAUGAUGAGCUUGGAGGGUAAUAUGGUGUUGAAUGCUAAGCUGUAGUCAAUGAACAGCAUUCUUACAUAGGUGUUGUCCAGAUGGGAUAGGGCAGUGUUGCGGCAGUCUGUCCAGCGACGAAUAGUCCUUGUCACGGGGACAUCCUGUUUUGAGUUUCUGCCUAUAGGUAGCGAGGAGCAAAACGGAGCCGUGGUCAGAUUGCCGAAAGGAGGGCAGGGGAGGGCCUUGCAUGCAUUACGGAAGUUGGAGUAGCAGUGAUCCAGAGUAUUGCCAGCGCGAGUGCUACAAUCAAUAUGCUGAUAGAAUUUAGGUAGCCUUGUUCUCAAAUUUGCUUUGUUAAAAUCAUCAGCUACAAUAAAGUUCCUUGAGGGCCGUCAUGGUAUCACCUUGAGGGGGAUAUACACGGCUGUGACAAUAACCGACGAGAAUUCAUUUGGGAUAUAAUAAGGUCGGCAUUUGAUUGUGAGGAAUUCUAGGUCAGGUGAACAAAAGGACUUGAGUCCCUGUAUGUUACAAUUACAUAAUGAGUCGUUAUUCAUGAUACUUACAAGCUCACCCUUCUUCUUUCCAGAGAGGUGUUUAUUUCUGUCGGUGCGACGCACAGACAUGUUGUAGUUAUCUGAUAGUAGUACUGGUACAUGUUGUAGUUCUCUGAUAGUAGUACUGUUACAUGUUGUAGUUCUCUGAUAGUAGUACUGGUACAUGUUGUAGUUCUCUGAUAGUAGUACUGUUACAUGUUGUAGUUCUCUGACAGUAUCACUGGUACAUGUUGUAGUUCUCUGAUAGUAGUACUGGUACAUUUUGUAGUUCUCUGAUAGUAGUACUGGUACAUGUUGUAGUUCUCUGAUAGUAGUACUGGUACAUGUUGUAGUUUUCUGAUAGUAUCACUGGUACAUGUUGUAGUUCUCUGAUAGUAGUACUGGUACAUGUUGUAGUUCUCUGAUAGUAUCACUGGUACAUGUUGUAGUUCUCUGAUAGUAGUACUGGUACAUGUUGUAGUUCUCUGAUAGUAGUACUGUUACAUGUUGUAGAUAUGUACAUAUAAUUAUGGUUGGUUUUUAUGAAUGUACCUUUCAUCAGAUAGUUAAACACCUUCUCUUUUCAUCCUCACCAACAGAUGUCCCCUCUACAGGUACUGUUAACCUUCCACUGACAUUCAACACCAUUAUAAACCUCUCAAUAACAAACUAAAGUUAACCGGACAGUAUCUUAUCAUCCUAGACAGUGUCUUAUCAUCCUAAACAGUAUCCUGUCACCCUAGACAGUGUUUUAAUACAUCAUUUCCCCCUCCCAGUUUCAGCUGUUUCCCCUGCAGCCCCUCCUGCCAACCCCUCUACCCCCCCUGGCAGAGCCUUCAUCAGAAGACACAGGAUGGCUCUAGAGACUCGCCUGGGACUCUUACAGCCCAUAUUACUGCGUCUCCAGGAUCGUGGGGUUCUGAAUGACGAGGAGAGGGAGGAGGUGGUCAGUAAAUCCAGCAAGACCCUAGAGAAACAAGCCCUGCUGGACAUGGUGUUGAAGAAGGGGGCUCGCGCCCAGAAACACUUCUACCAGGUCCUGAAGGAAGUAGAUCCCUGCCUGGUCGAAGACCUGGAAGAGCAGACAGUCUGAGGGAUACAACAUUAUCAAGAUAUAUAUCACCACAAUACUAAUACAUGCUCUGAAAGAGACAGACAGACUGAGAGGUCACCAUGGAUACAACAGCAUCAGGAUAUAUAUCACAAUACUAAUACAUGCUCUGAAAGAGACAGAGGUAACCAUGGAUACAACCUCAGAAGAUAUCAAAACAUUUAUCAGAGACAGCACUUUGAGGAGCUACUGUCUACCAGACAACCUAUCUGUGUUACUCUGGUACGCUGGCUAUAGACAACAAGAUGAUUGAAUUUCUAUCUGGAACAUGGUGAAUGUUGAAUCAUCUUGGACAGGUCUCAGGAAACAACAUUUGAGACUUAACAUCUACUGACUCGUACUGGACAGCUGUACUGGCUGAACACCAGAUCUAGAUACUGUGGGGAGAACAAGGAUUUGAUACACUGCCGAUUUUGCAGGUUUUCCUACUUACAAAGCAUGUAGAGGUCUGUAAUUGUUAUCAUAGGUACACUUCAACUGUGAGUGACGGAAUCUAAAACAAAUCUGGAAAAUCACAUUGUAUGAUUUUUAAGUAAUUAAUUGCAUUUUAUUGCAUGACAUAAGCAUUUGAUACAUCAGGAAAGCUGAACAUAAUAUUUGGUACAUAAACCUUUGUUUGCAAUUACAGAGAUCAUACGUUUACUGUAGUUCUUGACCAGGUUUGCACACACUGAAGCAGGGAUUUUGGCCCACUCCUCCAUACAGACCUUCUCCAGAUCCUUCAGGUUUUGGGGCUGUCGCUGGGCAAUACAGACUUUCAGCUCCCUCCAAAGUUGUUCUAUUGGGUUCAGGUCUAGUGACUGGCUAGGCCACUCCAGGACCUUGAGAUGCUUCUUACGGAGCCACUCCUUAGUUGCCCUGGCUGUGGGUUUCGGGUCGUUGUCAUGCUGGAAGACCCAGCCACGACCCAUCUUCAAUGCUCUUAUUGAGGGAAGGAGGUUGUUGGCCAAGAUCUCGUGAUACAUGGCCCCAUCUAUCCUCCCCUCAAUUCGGUGCAUCGUCUUAUCCCCUUUGCAGAAAAGCAUCCCCAAAGAAUGAUGCUUCCACCUCCAUGCUUCACGGUUGGGAUGGUGUUCUUGGGGUUGUACUCAUCCUUCUUCUUCCUCCAAACACGGCGAGUGGAGUUUAGACGAAAAAGCUAUAUUUUUGUCUCAUCAGACCACAUGACCUUCUCCCAUUCCUCCUCUGGAUCAUCCAGAUGGUCAUUGGCAAACUUCAGACGGCCCUGGACAUGUGCUGGCUUGAGCAGGGGGACCUUGCGUGCGCUGCAGGAUUUUAAUCCAUGAUGGCGUAGUGUGUUACUAAUGGUUUUCUUUGAGACUCUUGUCCCAGCUCUCUUCAGGUGAUUGACCAGGUCCUGCCGUGUAGUUUUGGGCUGAUCCCUCACCUUCCUCAUGAUCAUUGAUGCUCCACAAGGUGAGAUCUUGCAUGGAGCCCCAGACCGAGGGUGAUUGACCGUCAUCUUGAACUUCUUCCAUUUUCGAAUAAUUGCGACAACAGUUGUUGCCUUCUCACCAAGCUGCUUGCCCAUUGUCCUGUAGCCCAUCCCAGCCUUGUGCAGGUCUACAAUUUUAUCCUUAAUGUCCUUACACAGCUCUCUGGUCUUGGCCAUUGUGGAGAGGUUGGAGUCUGUUUGAUUGAGUGUGUGGACAGGUGUCUUUUAUACAGGUAACGAGUUCAAACAGGUGCAGUUAAUACAGGUAAUGAGUGGAGAACAGGAGGGCUUCUUAAAGAACAACUAACAGGUCUGUGAGAGAUGGAAUUCUUACUGGUUGGUAGGUGAUCAAAUACUUAUGUCAUGCAAUAAAAUGCUAAUUGAUUACUUAAAAAUCAUACAAUGUGAUUUUCUG